AUAUUAUCUAAAUGUACUUCCGGAACCAGGGCCGCUGAAAAAGUGGGCGGUAACGUUUCAGCUCUAUACGGAAACGGCCUCUUAAAUCAACUCUAACACAAAUUGAAAAAAAACGUGUAAAAACAACAGCGGGUUGACACAGGUUGGGCUAUACCUGUUUCCCAGUGUGGUGAUGGAGAACUCUGAGGGAUCAGAGCAGAUGGGUAGGGAGCAGUCACAUGGCCAGCGCCGGCAACAGUCUCGACUACAACGAGAGGAGGCCUUCUACCACUUUGUCAACAACCUUAGUGAGGAGGACUACCGGUUGAUGAGAGACAACAGCCUCUUUGGAACUCCUGGUGAGAUAUCUGAAGAGGAGCUGUUGAGUCGUCUGCAGCAGGUCAAAGAGAGGAGCAGCGAGUCCAGAAAUGCAGAUGGUGCUGGACAAGAACAAGCAGAUGGUUCAAAUGGAGACUCAUCAUCUGCUGUCCGUCAUCAUGGGAGCCAGUCAUGGAGAGCAGUGAGCAGGACCAAUCUCAGUAGUGGAGACUUUCGCUUCAGCCUGGAGAUCAACGUCAGCCGCAACAUGUCCAGCCAGCAGGAGCCGACCGAGGACGGGGAGAGACUGGAAGAGGGAGCGGAGGAACCGGCGAGGCCGCAGACAGUGGCGGAACGUGAGAGGAGUGUUGCAGUGAGGGAAAUGCUGGCAGAGACAUCAGAGGAGGAGGUGGCUGUUGUCGUGGUACCUGAGCCAGAGCCCUUGAGACCAAAUACCCCCCCUGUAAUCAGCCCCAUUCGUCUUGAGGUUCAAAACUUGGUGCCUUCUGACUCCCCUUCCAGGGGGCCACGACGCAGGGCCUCUAGGAUGGCCAGGAGCCACAGCCCAGAACAGGGCCGGACUAGGCCUCGCCCCGAGAGGAGCCGCUCCCCCUUCCGUUGGGACCCCCUCCCACAGGCGCAAGAGGAGGGCAGCUCCAGAACCCGGCAGAGUGUGACAGAGCGAGAGGCCCUGCCGGACAGGGUAGCGCCGGACCAGCAGGAGGCGGAGGACUCAGGGGCGGGCGCCUGGCGGCCCCCCACCAUCAGGCUGAACCUCCGAGUGCGGCAAGCAAGACCCGGGGAGCCCCAGGACAGCGUCGGCAGCCGCGCCGGCCCGCAGCCCCAGGCACCCAGCGAAACCGUCCAGUAUGAGAGCGAGCGCUCGGGGUUCCACCGAACCUUUUCUCGCUCGGAGCAGGCCGGGAUCCGCACCUACGUCAGCACCAUCCGCAUCCCUGUGCAGCGCUUGGCCGACUCGGGGCUGAGCGAGGCCACGUCCUCCGCCCUGCGGAUUGUCAUCCGCCAGAUCAUGACAGGCUUCGGGGAGCUCAGCUCGCUCACGGACUCCGACUCUCACGACUCCUCCAACUCCAGCCAAGAACCUGGCCGGUCAGCCGCGGAGGAGGUGCCCCGCAGUCCUGCCGCUGUCGGCGCCAUCCCUUUUGCCCGCGGUCCAUACCCAGGCGUCCCGCUACCAGAGGAGAGGGGCGGGGGAGCUGCGGAAGACUCCGGGGAGGGCCGGGCGGAGCCAGGUACCCUGCCCUUCCUCCGGCUGGCGCACUUCUUCCUGCUCAACGACGAGGACGAGGACCAGCCGCACGGCCUCACCAAAGAGCAGAUCGACAACCUCUCCACGCGGAGCUUCCGCUUCGGGGAGAGCGGCAGCCUGCAGACCUGCAGCGUGUGCAUCACCGACUACGCGGAGGGACACAAACUGCGGCAGCUGCCCUGCUCUCACGAGUACCACGUCCACUGCAUUGAUCGCUGGCUCUCCGAGAACUCCACCUGCCCCAUCUGCCGCCACGCAGUCCUAGCAUCCGCCAACAGAGAAAGUGCGGUGUAGGCAAUUCGGGCCUGGGCCGUACAGCAGAACGCAGCAUCUGAUUUGCACCUCUGAGCAGAGGAGCUUUUGACAACGAGCAUGUCUUUCUCAACUCGCGGCCAGUGGGGCGGGACUGUAUAGGCAGUGAUGCAUAUUUUGAAGUGAUAAAAAUGUACAUAACACUACAACAACAUCGGCAUCAUUUUAACCUGUUUCACACCUCCUCAAAGUCCCAAUAACCUAGUGGCACUUACUACCAGUCAUUGUCCACUCUACCUGAGUGUUAAGAGUUCUGGAACUUAGCUCGUCUAUCUAUCCUGCCUGAGUAUUAGAGUUCAUCAACAACUUGGAUAAGUUAACCAAUUAAGAGAAACUGAAUGUCAUAACCCUCUGAACAUUUGUGUAAAUAUUAUAGGACAUUUAUGGACAAUACAAAAUGUUCUACCAUUGGGUUACUUUCUGUUUACCUGGAGUGUUUUAAUGCAUGUUGAGAAAGAAAUGAAGAAUAAUCCAGUUAUAUUCUUACUUGUCAAUAUUGAUAAAUAGGACAUCAGAAGCCUUGCACAAAAUAAAUUAAAAGUAAUACUUUAUUUAAUACUGUUGUUUUUCUGCAUGAGUGUUUGAGUGCCUGCAGAUCUGAGUGCAGUUCUAACAGAAAGAACAGAGCUUGUAAACCAUUACAGAUAAAUAGAAAACAAUUUCUUAAACUGAGCAAAUUUAAAGACAGCUAAAUCCCCAGGACCAAAUUGGGGAACCACUGGUCCAAAGCAGGGGUGCAGAAUAAGAGUCAAUCCUUUUCAGGAUUUUGUGCCAAUGUCAGCUUUUAAUUAUUUAAUUUGCUCAAUCACUUAUUGCGCUGACAUUUGUAUGAGCAUCAGGUACAGCUGCAGACUGCAAGUGUAUCCUAAAGAUUUUACUGUGCUCAAGUACGACAAUGAACCAGCUUAGUUUAUAGAGCUUUUAGGAAAUUUAGAAAACUAAAAUUAUGGUAAUGGUUGUUACGAAAAACCAGCACACAGAUUGGCCCUCCAAGGCUGGUGCCCCCUGGUGUAAAGCAAGAAAAUUCACUUAAGCAAAAUGCAAAGCAGCAUGUCCAGCAGAUGUCAGCGUUGUGCGUAUCAUGAGUGCUAUCCUGGUUUCUCAGUUUUAUGUACUUUUACGAUUAUGUUUUAUGAUAGGUUGGUGCUUUAUUCCCAUUCGCAUUGGUUUUGCCUUGACCACUGUGAGAGGUCAAGGCAAAACUGUUAUAGGGUUGCUUGGUCAAAAAGACAAUGGUGAGGGAACCAUGCUGGGCCUUCUGCUUCAGCUAAGGGCAAAGAGACAGAGGAGAGCAGUGGUAAGGACCCAGCUCCUUCAUUCUGCUGUAGGUGCUGCCUGGUAUGCAGCUUGGUGCCUGUAGCUUGUCUGUUGUCAGCAUGGCCCUGCAGGUGCAGAGGACUGCUCUGGUGAGGAGUCUGGCAUAGGUUCAAGGGUCUCGCUCUCCCUGAACAGCUUCUGCCCAGCUGGAUCCAGCAGCCCUCUGGAGAAGGGUGGGCAUGGCUACAAGCACUGCAGAUUCCAGAGAAUGAGCAAGGUUGGCAUCUCAAUUCCAGGAGUGUUGGGCAUCAUGUGAGUGUGUGGCAAAUCUGGAGAAGAAUCUCACAUACUUUCUAAGUGCUGUCACUGAGUUUCCAGCAUCUAAUGUAUACUGAAUAGAAUAAUCCACAAGAGAAAAUGUCCAAUAGUGAAUACAUUAAGUAUAAUUAGAGUACCAUAAUGUAGUUAAUUGGAUUAUGUGCAUUUUGUUCUUGUGUAAUUAUGGAAAGCGGACCGUUGGGUAUCUGGACAGUGGCUGAAAUGUUAACAGUAUUAACGGUUAACGGUAUUAGAUUGCAUCACCUUCAAAUUCUUCAGUGACAUAUGUGUCUCAGAGACAGGUGCAGGAAGGCACACAUGCACCAAUGCAAUACAUUUAACUCAUACAUUUCUGGAAGAGCUUUGUAAAAGGGACAUCAGUCCUGAAAUCUGUUAAUGUGCUCAUGCUGUGGUUCACAAAUGUACUUUGCCUUCACUGGUGUGGCACCUUUUCCACUGCAAACACGAACACAUUCCAAUGGAAAAGGCACUCCUGGGCGAGUAAGCAUGGAAUUCAUGUGAACUGUGACACCUUUCCCACACACAAUGCAAACUGAUUCUGUUGAUCGGCACAUGUUCAGUGCCUGCCCUUACAAUGACUCUAAUGACUUUGGUGUUUUAGUGCAGCAAGUAUUUUCAACAUUUAUUUGGGUAAUGGUAAUUGUGCCCUUUUCAAAUUAUUUUUGUGUAUCUAGUCAGUGUGCAUCCUUCAGGAUCAUUUGUACAAAUAUUAUUUGUGCAUUUUACAAAAACAAAUUUACACUGAAGUAAAACAUGUAUGUGCCUUCAUUUAAUCCUCUACCUGUUCCCUUUCAUGAUGGACCCAACACCUGAAAUACUUGUGAAAACUGCAUGCUCAUGUGUAGCCUUGAGUUUUUUUUUAUCUUCAUAAACCAGUUUUUAUCAUGCUGUCA